UCACAAAACAACACCCUAGCCAUCUACCCUCCACCACCGCCGCGAGGAGUGGGUCACUGCCGCCGUCCGUCGCGCUCAACCGCUUCCCUCUUCGUCCUGUCCGCGUGAUCCAAGUUUCCUACUUGUGUUCGCUCUCACCGAUCGCAGCUUCUUCCUCGAGCUCAGCGUCCGCUGCACAGCCGCUGUUCCUCCGUCGCAGGUCGUCUCGGGUGGUUCUUCCGUCCAGCCCUCCUCUGCUCCAGUUCCCCCGCGCUCCACCCUCUGCUCCAGUUCGGCCGUGCUCCACCCUCCUCGGCUCUAGUUCCACCGUACUCCACCCUCCUCGGCUCUAGUUCCGCGCUCCAGCCCUUCUCUUCUCCAGUUCGGCGGCACUCCGGGCCACCUCUUCUCCAGUUUUGCCAAGUCCACCUCUUCUUCUCCGUCCCUCACCUCUGUGCUAAGGCGGAAUAUUUGGGAUGCUGAACUAGGAAGGCGUGGCAAGCAGAUAUUUGGAGCCGGGGAACCAAAAACUGGUGGUUUCCCCUGUCUCCGUCCUCGUUUCCACCGCAAUUCAGGUUCCCCCUUCAUCCUCAUCAAAACGAAAAAGAGAAUGAAUCUUUUAAUCCCCAAUAUCCCACAGCAGAUCUCAUUCUCCAAAUCAGUGUCACUGUCACUCUCAGUGUCAGUGACCCACUCCCCAGCCCCCGUGCGCCCUCGGUUUCCCGCCAUAAUCCGAAUGGGCGGGGGACCGAGGACGUACCCGGGCGGGGUCUCCAAGUGGCAGUGGAAGCGCAUGCAGGCCAAGAAGGCCAAGCAGCUCCUCAAAGCCCGCCUCUCCCGCGAGCGUCACAUUUAUGAGAUGCGCAAGCUGGCCGAGCUCCGGGCUGCCGUCUCCGACCUCGAGAGACCCUGGGAGCCGGUCCAGCAGGCCCCCGCCUUGUUCUCUGUGCGGGCCGACGAGCAGGUCAAGGUCCUCGCCGACAGGUUCCAAAGACCUGGUGGGUUUGACCUCUGGAGCGAGAAGGACGGGCCUCAGUUGUUUGAAACUCCUGAUGAGUUGCCAUCUGCAAGGUUCUUCCCCAAAGGGGUUGUUCAUAGUAUCAGGCCUUAUAGGAGGAUUGAUGCUGAUGAGUUGCUGGGGAAGGGUAGCGGGGUUAGUGAUCAUAGAGAUGGAGAGGAUUCUUCUUCUGCUGCAAGGUUUUUAUCUGAGGGUCUGGCCGUCUGGCUGAUGAGUCUGAUGAUCAGGAGUGUUCUUCAGCUUUGUUGAGCUCUUCAGAGAAUAAUGGGGUGAGUGUUGAUGGUGGAUUGAAGAAUAAUGGGAGGAAUGGACAGAGGCUUUUGUCUGAGCAUGUUGACAAUGAAGGGUUUUCUUCUUCUCCUUUGGAUUAUGGGAGGAAGGGAGUGAAUUCUGGCAGCCAAAUGAGGAAGAAUAGGAAUGGAAGCAGGCUUAUGUCAGAGGGUGGCCGUGAUGGGUUUGAUAACGAAGUGUGUUCUUCUUCUUCUCCUUUGAGUUAUGGAAGAAGUGGUGGGAAUUAUGAUGGUAGAAUGAGAAGGAAUACGAAUGGAAGGAGGCCUUUUUCAAAGGAUGAUGAUUAUGGAUCUGAUGAUGGAGAGUAUUCCUUUUCUCCUUUCAAUUCUGAGAGGAAUGGAGUUGACGGCAGAAUGAGGAAGAAUGGGAAUGGAAGGAGGUUUCCAUCAAGGGAUGUUAGUGGGUCUGAUGAUGGAGAGUAUCCCUCUUCUCCUUUCAGUUCUGAGAGGAAUGGAGGGACUGUUGAUGGCAGAAUGAGGAAGAAUGGGAAUGGAAGGAGGUUGGCGUCCAGGGAUGUUAAUGGGUCUAAUGGGUCUUACUCUGGUCGAGUUGGCUCUGGUAUGAGGCAGGGUCGGGGUAAUCCUAGCGCCAACAGAAGAGGUAGUGCCAACAGAAGAGGUGGAACAUACAGUAGCAGAAAUUCAAGCUAUGAUUCGCCAAGAGUCAGAGAUGCUAAUUCUGAAGUUUAUGAUAUGGAUUUGCAACAGGAUGGAAGUUACGGGUUCCCCAGGAAGAGUGAGCAAUCUGAAUCUAGAAAUUGUUAAUGGUUUGAACACUCAGUCAAUCAAGGCAUUGUAGAGGAUGAAUGGAGUGCUGCUAUUGGCAAAAUGUUUCUUGAGGAAGGUGACAGAUGCAGAAAAUGUAUUGCCAUUUUGGUAGGCCUUUCUAGUCAGCUUAAUUCCUCAGAAUUUAUUGAUUCCAUGAAAACAACAAUGUCUUGUCUGAAUAUGCGGCAAGUUGAAUUUGCACAAGGACCUGUCAAAUACCAUAUUAUUUUGUAUAUAUUACAUUUGAGUCUUGAAAGAAACAUUACUCGUUAUAGCUA